AUGGAAAUAAUGACACUUGGUCGUCCAUUUCAACUUGGAAUGCUGUAUGAUUCAAGAAAUGAUCAGCUUGUUCCUGGUUUUACAUUAUGGGAGCCUGAAAUACUGAAAAAUAAUAUCGAUUCUCGAUCUAACCCAUCAACGACUUAUCAAAUCUUAAAAGAAGAUACAUUACAAGAAAAAACACAAGUGCUUGGGAUGGAUGCUAAUCUUAAAAUGAGUGUGCUGUCUGGUCUCAUUGAAGCAUCUGGUUCAGCUAAAUAUGUUCAUGAUCGUAAAACAACAGAACAUCAAGAACGUCUCACACUGAAAUAUUCAACUACAACACGUUUUGAACAACUGACAAUGAAGCAUUUGGGUAAAGGUAAUGCGAGUUAUACAGAAGUAUUUGAUCAACAAACUGCCACUCAUGUUGUUACUGGUAUUUCCUAUGGUGCUGAAGCAUUUUUUAUAUUUGAUCGAAUAUUGUCUAGUAAUGAAAAUCGUACAGAAGUACAUGGACAUGUUGAGGCAAUGUUGAAAAAAAUUCCAAAAUUUGAAAUCUCGGGCAACGGCAAAUUAGAUUUAAAUGAUAAUGAGAAAAAAAUAGCUGAAAGAUUAACAUGUCAGUUUUAUGGCGAUUUUCAUAUCGAGCAUAAUCCAAGUACAUUUGAAGAAGCAGUUAAAUUAUAUCAGCGAUUACCAUCAUUUCUCGGUACAAAUGAUGAAAAAGGUGUACCAAAAAAAGUAUGGUUAUAUCCACUUCAUUUAUUAGAUAAUUCAGCAAUGAAAAUAACUCGUGAUAUUAGUAGCAGUUCGGUUAACUUGUCCGUGGAACUUAUUGAAGGUCUACAUGAAGCGGAAAUCAAAGCAAAUGAUUUGAUGAAUCAUGCAGCAUUUGAUAUUAUGUUUCAUCGAAAUAAAGAACAAUUGUCAACGUUUUGUGCUCGUAUAUCUGAAUUUAAAAUUGCUAUGAAAAAGCGACUAAUGGAAUUAUUGCCCAAAAUUCGUGGUGGUACUGUUGAAGAUAUAGAAUUAGCUAAUCUGUUUAAACAAGUCAGUUUAUCUCCAUUCAACAAACAGAAAGUAGCUAAUUGGCUUAAUUUAAAAGCAAAAGAAAUAUCAAGAGUAAAAGCAUUUAUUGAUAUUGUGAAAAAAGAAGAAAAUGUUAGUACAUCACCAAGUUCAUUUGAUGAAGCCCUAAGCGAUGUCCAUUGUGAAUUUACACUCUGUUUGGUUAUUCAUUUAAUAGAAAAAAAUGACUCGCUUCUAAAUGAGAUGUACCAAUAUCUUCAUGAUACCACUUAUGAACUAAACUGUCAAAACACAACGCCCGUUCAUUGGAUUGAUCAACAAGUCGUUAUUGACUCAAUUCGAACAAACAUAAGAUUAUUUCUUGAAUAUGCUAAAGCAAAUAGUAAUAAACAAAAUAUUAAAUUUGUCGUUGAUGAACAAUAUUCAGACGAACGUAACAUGGCUAGAGGAGUAUCAGUUAUUCUCUAUCAAAAUGGCAUUUCUGUGGAUUUUCAAAUUGCAAGCAAACCAGGAAAACCUAUUGAAACAGGUGUUACAUCUCAAAGUAUAACGCUCAAAUGGUCAAAACCAAACUAUGGCAGUCAGAGUGUUCAACAAUAUAAGAUUUAUUACCAAAAAAAUCCAGAUGAUCAAUGGACACAAGUGUCAACAACUGAAGAUCCGACAGAAUCAAGUGUUAUUUCAAAUCUCGCACCAGAAACCACAUACAGAUUCAAAAUACAAGCAAUUACUUUAGCUGGUGAUACGGCUGAGAGCGAUGUGAGUUGUCUAAUUCAAACAAAACCUAGCCCGUCAAAUGCGAUGAAACAAAUAUCGCAAACUUUCCAAGAGCUGAUAGUACUUGGAACAAAUACACUGAUGCAUUUCGUUAAAUCGUGA